GAUAUCACGCCGUGAUUUUUUCCAGCACUCCGGCAGAAGGACAGCUUCAUGUGACCGAGCGCUCGACUCCUACAGGAAGAUAUCACAACUAUCUCAAAACUUGAUACACCGCAGUUAUCGGCACCUUCCCUCCCUAAAGUCAGUCUCAAAACUCGAUUCUCCCCCUCGCAUCGGCUCAGCACAGCUCAAACAGUCCAUCCGUCUGGACCAAAAUGGCGCCCCAACACUCCUACCAUAAAGCCUGGAAAGCGUCUCUCAAGAGCGGGCACAAGCGUCACUCGGCGAAACAAGCCAAAGCACCUCCUCUGAGACGUCCCCUUACCAUAGGCCAGGCCAAGUCAUACUCGCGCACUCUCGUCGACCCCAAGUUCCGGACUAAGAAGUUCCACCUCUUCGAGAAACUUCCCGGCGAGUUGCGUGAGCAAAUCUACCUCUAUGCAUUCCAGUCCGGCCCCAGCAUCGUUUACGUCACGCCCAAGAUUCACCCGCCUAAGCCGAGGCGCGCCGGGGACCGAAUCUCACUGGUGCAGGGCCGCCUGGGCUACGAGAGCAAGUGGAAGUGGGCAGCCGAGGUGGCCGCCGUGAUCCCCGAGGCGAAAGCCGCGUUUGAGAAGCAGUUCGGGAAACGCACCGGCGUCCGACACGAUCAGCUGGUGGCCGUCCGCCCCUGGGAUCUUGUCGUGUACAUCUUUGAUUCUCGGUUGCAGUCGCUCUUUGGCAUGGACUUUGCCAAGGACAACAGCAUUAGCCGGGAGGCCAGAGAGCGGCUUGUGGGAACGGGCCAGGUGCGCAAUGUCUCCGUGCGCUGGGACGGCUACUACUGUUACGGUAUACGCUGUCACUGCCGCAUCGGCUGCUCCAGUUCGCUGGCCCUGUCUGGCAACAUAUGCCUGUGGGGACUGACAGGCUUCCUGUACAACUUCCCGGACCUCGAGAACGUAUUUAUCCAGUUCCAGCUGAACGGUUCUCACAUGGAUCGUUCGAUGACAAACAAGGGGCCCAAAGAGCUCGUGGACUCUCUCGCUGCCAAGGCCAGAAAGGACCCCAGUAUUGCCAUGUUUCAGGACCGAUGCCGCACCUGGGUCGAGAUCCGGGAGAGAGAUAUGCGCAAGUGGCUUCGCCCGCAGGUCAUCGAUGUAUACCACUGGAUCCAAUCUGCCCGGAAAGAGUUCGACAAGGAUCUGUUUCGUGCGGCGCGUCUGCCGGCUGAGAGACGCCGCUCGGUCCAGUUCCGGCUGCUGGUAUCCUCGUGGUACAAGGUCGACCGUCGGCUAGCUCAGACAGCCAAGUCCAACGACUAGCACGGGUCGAAGAGCCAGGCGAUGGUAGCUUCAGCCUGUCUUUGAGCCUUCAAGGGUUAUUUCAUGAUACUUGAUUCCCGCUCAGCAUUGCUCGGAGCAAGCAGAGUGCAUGGGGAAAUUUUGCUUUGCCGGGAGGCCUUCUCGAAUCUUUCAUAUGCAGUCUCUGCUCGAGAGACCUAAAGUA